GUAUGUCAUGUUUAGACCCUUUUGUUUGCCUUUGUCUUCCAACACUUGUCUGUCAAUGGGAAGAAUUGUUCAUUUAAAGGACAAAGGGGGACAGAAGAGGGUAAACAAGCAAGAGAGGAACAAAAAGGAUCAAGAAGCAACACAAUCAGAUCCCUGCUGUCACACUCUUAUCACAGCACUUUCUGACUGUCAGCAGUCCGGCUUUGGUGCUGUAGCCUCUGCAUUGUCCAGCGCACACUGUGUUGCUGCGAUCACCUGAUAGUCUCAUGUUGUUGUGUGAAUUUAGUCCACCGCUAUUCUUAGUCCUUGCUUUGGCUGGUAGAGGUGGAGAGAGGAGAGGCAAGAGGGAUAGAGAGGGAGAGGGCUGAGGAAAGACUGGCAAAUUCGCCAUCAUGCUCAGCUGGCCGCUGCCCCAGCUGGAGCCCAGUCACAUCAGGCUGAUCGUGUACCAGGACUGUGAGAGGCGCGGCAGAAAUGUCCUCUUCGACUCCAAUGCCAGGAAAAAGGGCACAGAGGAAACCCCUGUUAAUAGCAUUGAUGGCCAAGUAAAGAUGUUUGGAAAAUGCUGCCAGCUCCGUCCUGCCAGAGGGAGCUGCAGUUCCUUGGACAGCUCCUCCUCCUCCUGCACCUCUGAAAAUAAGGAAACCAAGGAGCAUGGCCUCCGCUUUCAGGCUUCUAGAUGUGCAUCUGAUGUGGUGAUGCUGGGGGAGAUGAUGUUUGGAUCUGUGGCUAUGAGCUACAAAGGCUCCACACUCAAAAUCCACCAGAUCAGAUCGCCGCCUCAGCUGAUGCUGAGCAAGGUUUUUACAGCCAAAACAGGGAGCAGCGUGUACGGCAGCCUAAACACGUUACAGGACAGCCUUGAGUUCAUUGGGCCAGAGACCAACACCCUAAAGCCAGAGCAAAACACGGGGCCCAACAAUCUUCUCGGGACCAUGGGAUUUUCUCAGCUCUGCAGCCCUCGAAGGGCCUUCUCUGAACAAGGCCCGCUGCGCCUCAUCAAGAGCGCCUCUUUCUUUUCAGGCCACAGUCACCCCAUGGACAUGCCAGGUCGAGGCCCCCACGAUGAGAGGGACAGUGGCAUCGCCAGGUCAGCCUCACUGAGCAGCCUCUUGAUCACUCCUUUCCCGUCCCCCGGCUCCUCCUUAACCAGCAGCUGCGCCUCCAGCUAUCAGCGCCGCUGGCUCCGCAGUCAAACUACAAGCCUGGAGAACGGCGUCUUUCCCCGGUGGUCAGUGGAGGAAAGCUUCAACAUGUCUGACGAAAGUGGCGGUCCAAAUCUCGGCGUUGCCCGGAAGAAGAAGAUCGCCAUUGGCGUUAUUUUCACGCUGUCUCCCAACUCUGAGGAAAACAGCUACUUUCAGGAGUUCUUCUUCUCCCACUUCCCUCUCUUUGAGAGUCACAUGAACAAACUCAAGAGCGCUAUUGAGCAGGCCAUGAAGAUGAGUCGGCGGUCAGCUGAUGCCAGUCAGAGAGCUCUGGCCCACAGCCGAAUGGUGGAUGGACUGAACGAGUUCAGGAUGACCAUCUGUGACCUCUACACAAUGCCCCGCGUGGCCGAGCCCGUCUGGUUGACUAUGAUGUCUGGCGCUUCGGAGAAGAACCAGCUCUGCGGUCAAUUCAUGAGGGAACUCUCCCUGCUGAUGGAGCAGGCCUCCAAGAACCAAUUCCUCCCUGCAUUGUUGACCGCAGUCCUGACCAAUCACCUGGCCUGGGUUCCCACGGUUAUGCCAAAUGGUCAGCCUCCAAUCAAGAUCUUCCUGGAGAAACACUCAUCCCAGAGUGUUGACACGCUGGCAAAAACGCAUCCCUACAACCCUCUGUGGGCACAGCUAGGGGAUCUAUAUGGAGCAAUAGGAUCACCAGUAAGGCUGUCCAGGACUGUCGUGGUUGGCCGUAGACAGGAGCUGGUCCAGAGACUCCUUUAUGUCCUCACCUACUUUAUCCGCUGUUCAGAGCUGCUGGAGACCCACAUGCUGGACAGCGCUGAGGAUGAAGCCAUCGUGAUGCCCGGCUCCCUCAUCACUACGUCCCUUAGAAAAGGAGAAGUGGAGGAGUCGGACUAUGUUCUCGUGACCGUCCAUAAGCCCAGGGGAGAUUAUCUGUCCCAGGGGACCCCCGGCCAGCAGGCCGAAGCCGAAGACGGCAGCUACCGCUCAGACAACAGCCUCCACAGCAGCACUUACACAGACAUGGAGCUGGAGCGGAGCUCCUGUGAGCCAUCCAAAGAGGAGGAUGAGGAUGAGAAAGAUGAGGAAGAGAGCGGUGAGAGCCAAGGGUCCAGAAGCAGCGUGCUUCACUCUGGGGUUGGUGAGGGCUCAACUCCUGUAAUUAGGACUGCAGACGCACCUGAAACUGAGGAGCUGCACAGGGAGAUGAGCGACCUCCUUGUCUCAACAGCCAAACUAGAGAUCGAGCUACAUGUUGGCUCGGCGUGCAUGAGGAGGCCGGACUGUGUGCUGGAGACAGAGACCAAGGAAAGCCUCAAAUAUAAUGCACCAUCCAUACCAACAAGGGUCUCUCCGUCUCUCAGCACACCAGACAACACGGACGCUGGGGCUGAGGCUUGCAUAGGUUCCUCAGUGGGGAACCAGCCAAGCAAAGUGGGGAUCCCUUUGGAGAAGAAGCCCCCAGAUAAGAUCCUGGUUGGUGCCAAAGUGAUACCAGGUAAAGCAAUCUCCGGGCCCAGGGCUUUGACACCUGGAGAAGAGCAAGAGCCUGCUACAAAAGUCACGUUCCUCAUUGGAGACUCUCUGUCUCCAGAGUCGGACACGGAGAGUCGGAGAAAAAGGAUGGAGGAGGAAAUCAAAAAGCACAAGAAGCAGCAACAUUACCCUCAGCAGCGAGGAGCACACUCAAUGACCAGCAGCAUCAGCUCAUCGGAGGACCAAACCAAACCGACCAAGGCAAUCCCAGCACUGCAGCGGAUGUCCAGCACAAAGGCCCAGUGGAGCCUGGACUGCAUGCAGAAAUUUGACGAGUAUUACAGUUUGGAUAAUCACGAAGGACGUGGGACUUCAGAGCAUGUGGAGAAGCAGCAGGAGGCCAGCGCCACAGACGAAGCACAUCACCAUUUGUCCCACCCCCUGGGGAUCCCUCUGCUUCGUGACCUGGAUGAUCCGAGCUGUCAGGGUGCAGGCGGUAGACAGGGUUUGGUUAUGUGUUUAGGUCCAGCUAGUGGUCAGGUCAGAUCCAGCAGGAAAGGAGACUCUUCGGUGGACGUCCAGGAGAGGUGCAGGUGUGAUUCUGCAAGCUCUUCCGACAUUUGCUGCUGCAGGAGCUGUCCUGUUGAGCAGGACAAGGACCUUGUGUUGUCCGUUCCUCUUCCCCGAGAGGGAAGCAACAACAGUAAGGACCAAAAGUGCAAGGCGGUGCCUGUCAAUGACUGGGAAAUACCUCGAAAUGAGAGUUCAGACAGCGCGCUGGGGGACAGCGAGAGCGAGGAGACAGAAGACUGGCAAGAGGAAGUGCUGGUUCCCUUCCCUGGGGCAAAAUUGGUGGAGAACUACUCGAAGCCAACCAUUGCCAAUUUUGGCCGGUCUCUGUUUGGAGGCUACUGUCCCACCUACGUGCCAGACUUUGUUGUACACGGGAUCCCCAGUGACGACAAGCUACGGCAAAGUCUUACAACCGAAUUAACCCAUGCGGUUCAGCAUCCUGUCUUGGAUGAGCCUAUAGCUGAGGCUGUCUGCAUUAUAGCAGACACAGACAAGUGGACGGUUCAGGUGGCCAGCAGUCAAAGACGAGCAACAGAUGUCAACAAACUUGGAAAAGAAGUGCUGGUGUCUAGUCUGGUCUCCAGUUUGCUGCAGUCCACUCAUCAGCUCUUCAAACUCAACCUCUCACCCAACUUUUGUGUCAUGCACCUUGAGGACCGACUGCAGGAGAUCUACUUCAAGAGUAAGAUGCUGGCUGAGUAUCUGAAGGGUCAGACCAGAGUCCACGUGAAAGAACUGGGCAUGGUUUUGGGAAUCGAGUCCAGUGACCUUCCGCUGUUGGCUGCGGUUGCCAGUACUCACUCCCCCUACGUCGCUCAGAUCUUACUAUGAGACUGUCAACACCAAGAACAUCAAGGUCUUGAUGAUGACCAGAGAACAGUUGACCUGUGGAAAACCAACAUGAUUUCCUGACCUGUGGAUCUUUCUGGGGUUUAAUCAUCAAGGACCUGAGCUGUGUUCACCUUCAUGGACCAGAGUCUCAGACGGAGCGGACACUUCUGCUGAUCUAGAUGUAAUGUGGAUGUUUUACCACCAGGUGGCGGCAGAGAGCAGAGAAGAGUGAGGUUCUGCAGAAGACUGAAGCUACUUUGAAAUUACCUGAAUGUUUUUUUUUUUAACCAGACUUUUUAUAUGUUUGGAAACAAAAGCCAAAGACUUCUAAUUUUCUCGGUGAGAUUGACAUUUUUAUGAGGCCUAUAAUACUUUUUUUUUAAUCCAAUUUCUUCACCUGUGCAAUUGCACAUAUGGACAAGAAAGUGAUUUUUUUUUCCUUUUUUUUUUCAACUAUUCUUUGCAGUAAAUAUGCUCAGAAGUUAUACUAUGCCAGUUGUAUCAUUUUGAUUAAUUCUCAAGUAUUUAUGUUUACAAGCCCAGCUUCACAGAGAAAGUUAAAAAAAAAUCCUUGAAAAUGUUUUUGCACACCUGUCUGUCCUUUUGUGUGGUGUUUUUUUCUUUUCUUUUUCUUUUCAUUUCUCUCUAGUACAAACUGGUUUUGAAACUGCUAAACCCGGCUUUAUCAAAGAUACUGCACUACCUCAUAUCUUCAUGUGGGCAGUGAACGAUUUACAAUUGUCCCACACGGGACAUUUGAGGUAAAUUUUAUAUAAAGAUUUAAUCAGAGAUUCGACAACUGUGCAAACGACAUGCUGUGCUUUGGUUAAAAGGGAAAGUUGUUUAGUUGAUUUAACACGAACGAGAAGAAAAAUCCUUUUAAAAGGGUCCCUUGAUAUUGCAGACCACCUAAACCUUGGAUUCUCUGUAUUUUACAACAGAAAAUGCUGAAGUUUUUCACUUUUUAUAGCUCUGUCAUCCUUUUUAUAAUGUUUACUGCGUAAUAUUUGAUGCAAAAAAAAGACUAGCAGAGUUCAUUGGGUUUACUGGUUAACACUAAUAAUCAACAAUUGGUUAUAUUUCUACUUUUUCUGGUAUUGACAGACCCUUUGGUUUGUGUAAGCCUGGGGGGGUCGCUGAUAUAAAUGAACAUGCUGAAGGAAAGGGUGAAUCUAUUUUCACAAGUCAUAUUUUGAAGUUGAUUUCUGUCAAAUGUUAGCCUGGUGGAUGCAGCCUGACUGAAAAGAGCUUUAGCCAUUUUGAAGGAUGUACGACAAAUCUCCACAUCUGCUCAGGUUCGGGAGGAACGGAUGCAAUUUGACUGCUAGGAAAAGGCAAACGAGUGGAUCCGUUACCCCGACGACGUUUGCUCGUUCAACCGGUUCUCACCCGGAUUAGAAUCCAAGUCUUAAUCAAAACGUGACAUGAACGCUUCAGGUGUUUGUUUUGCUUUUCAGAGUGCACUUUGCUGUUUAAGCUGGUGAAUGAAAUCUUAUGUAUAUUGAAGAUGCUCCAGUAUAUCAGCCUACAUUUUUUUACCAGCCAGCCAACAUGUUUAAGAUGUAUGAAUUUAUAGAUCUGCUUCUUUUCCUUUGUAUAUGAAUAAAUUAUAGUUUCCCAUUUAAGUGUAACGAUUUCUGUAAACUGUACAUACUCAAUUUAUUUGUAUAAAUUGUCUUUUUGCAACCUGACAUAUUUUUUCUUUCUUCCCAAUUUUCUGGGAAUGUUGUGCAAUAAAGAUGCUGAAGAAUGGUGUGUCUAAUAGUUGUGUAAUAAAAUAAACUACAAUUGCAA